GGUAAGAGUUCAAGUGAAAGGAUGGCUCCAUUAGCUCGUAGCAUAUUAGUGACUGGUUCCAAUCGGGGAAUCGGACUGGAACUGAUCCAACAGCUGGUGAAGAUGGCUGAGCCCCCAGAACUUAUCUUUGCAACUUGCCGGACCCCAGCUGGACCUGGCGGAAAGAUCUUGAAUGAACUCGCCAGCAAGCAUUCCAACAUUCACAUCAUUCAGCUAGAGGUGGAGGAUCAGUCCAGUGUGAAGGCAGCUGCUUCAGUGGUUGAGUCGCUUCUACAUGGUAAAGGUCUGAACCUGCUGAUCAAUAAUGCCGGUGUGAACUCUUAUGCCACUCUGGAAACUGUGGAGCAGCAGGAGAUGCUGUCUGCUUUCAACACCAAUGUGGUGGGGCCCAUACUUGUGGUUAAGGAAUUUCUGCCCCUGUUGAAGAAAGCAGCUGGAGAGGCAGCCAUAAAGGAGAUGAGCUGUCAGAAGGCAGCCAUCAUCAAUAUAACCUCCAAAUUGGCCUCCAUUGAACGGGGCUUUGAAGUCAUGAAAGGACCAAUGUACCCUUAUCGUGCCAGCAAGGCUGCUUUGAACAUGGUGACGGUCUGCUUCGCUUUGGAACUAAAGGAAGACGGGAUCUUGUGUACCUUGAUCCAUCCUGGUUGGGUGAAAACAGACAUGGGAACAGAGCAGGCCCCUGUGACUGUGCAGAACAGUGUGCGAGGCAUCCUCAAUGUGCUUGCCAAUCUAUCAUCGGCCUCCAACGGGGCCUUUCUUGACUGGGAAGGCAAAAGGCUCCCUUGGUGAGACGUGCUUGUCCUUUCCUCCAAGAAAAAGAAAAAAAAGGAGUUGGAUAUGCUCAUCCUCUUCAAUUUUUUUUUAUUUUUGUAUCGCUGUUGUAUUUUUAGAGUUUGCAUUGUGUAUGAUUUAUAUUGCAUUUGUUGUAAAUUGGCAGGGUCGCUCUGAUUUUGAUGGUCUAGAGCAGGGGUAGGCAACCGUGGCUUUUUUAUGACUUGUGGACUUCAACUCCCAAAAUUCCUGAGCCAGCCUGGCUCAGCUUGGAAACCUCUCCCUUUCCCCUCAGCACGGCUGGCUCAGGAAUUCUGGGAGUUGAAGUCCACCAGUCAUAAAAGAGCCAAGGUUGCCAACCCUGGAACUAUAGAAAUAUGUUUAACCAACCAACUGAGAUGGAAACUUUCACCAGGGAAUGAGCUCCAGCUUUUAACUUGUUUGUAUUGUAGCUAAGGUCCUUGGCCGGAAUCGGCUUAAAUUCUAAAUUAGUUGUGGUUUAUGAUCUUACCUCUACUGGAAAUCACACAAUUCAAAGUAUUCUCCAGCUCUUUGCUUUUAAAUUAUUCUUACUCAGUUGCUAUAUUGUUUUUAUGGUGGUUUGCAUAAUCUGCCACAUUAGACUGGGUUUGGCAUUUUGGUCCACCUAUCGAUCCUUUUCCAAGGACUUGGGAUCGGCAGAUUUUGUUGUUCGAUGGUGUUAGAGGGAUCGUCGUGGGAUGUAAGCUAUUCCAAGUAAAACUGCCUUUUGCAACUGACAGUUGAUUUUCCCAGUGUUAAUGGUGUUCAAAUGGUAUUCCAGGUGUUUUGGAACUGAACCCAAGGCACUUGUUACUAUUAGUACUAUUAUUAUAAUCAUGGUUGCUUGUACAACCAGUCAGAAGUUUAGACUGGAUUUGGCACUUUUAUCUACCUAUUGAAUUCUAAGGACCUGGGAUAGGCAGAUGUUAUUAUUUGAUGGCGUUAAAGGGUGGCAGGGUGUAAACGAUUGUUAUUAUUAUUAUUAUGGUUGUUUCCACUGUCAGAUGUUUAGAUUGGAUUUGGCAUUUUUAUCAUCCAUCAAGUUAUUACUUUUGUUAGGCAUAUAAUUUUCUUUCGACAAGCACCAGUCUCAGCUCUAAGUCCAUGUUUUGCUCUCCGUGCAUGAAUCCUGCUGCUUAAAUUACCUGCUGUUCAACAGUGAGGUUAGAGAGUCACAUUUUAAAGACCUUAAACAUUAAAAAAAAAGAAUGUGCGAGCAAGUAUUUAUCGCCUACAGGCAUACGGUGAUAAGGGAAAAGAUACAAAAACAUUUUGCAAAAUAUGACAGAGAAUGUUCAGUUUCCAAAGACUGCAAUAAAAACAGUAGACCUCC